GGGGGCCGGGCCGUCCGGUGGGGCCGCGGCCCUGUUCCGCGCUGCGAGCUCACCCUUUCGCGGCUCCCGGGCCCGGCCGCCGCCGCCCCUCUCCCCGCCCAGAGGCGCCCCGGGGGCACCAUGCAGGCGCAGCAGCUGCCGUACGAGUUUUUCAGCGAGGAGAACGCGCCCAAGUGGCGGGGGCUGCUGGUGCCUGCACUGAAAAAGGUCCAGGGGCAAGUUCAUCCUACUCUUGAGUCUAAUGAUGAUGCUCUUCAGUACGUUGAAGAAUUAAUUUUGCAAUUAUUAAAUAUGCUAUGCCAAGCUCAGCCCCGAAGUGCUUCAGAUGUAGAGGAACGUGUUCAAAAAAGUUUCCCUCACCCAAUUGAUAAGUGGGCCAUAGCUGAUGCCCAGUCAGCUAUUGAGAAGAGGAAGCGAAGAAACCCUUUAUCUCUCCCAGUAGAAAAAAUUCAUCCUUUAUUAAAGGAAGUCCUAGGUUAUAAAAUUGACCACCAAGUUUCUGUUUACAUAGUAGCAGUAUUAGAAUACAUUUCUGCAGACAUUUUAAAGCUGGUGGGGAAUUAUGUAAGAAAUAUACGGCAUUAUGAAAUUACAAAACAAGAUAUUAAAGUGGCGAUGUGUGCUGAUAAGGUAUUGAUGGAUAUGUUUCAUCAAGAUGUAGAAGAUAUAAAUGUAUUAUCUUUAACUGAUGAAGAGCCUUCCACCUCAGGAGAACAAACUUACUAUGAUUUGGUAAAAGCAUUUAUGGCAGAAAUUCGACAAUAUAUAAGAGAACUAAAUCUAAUUAUAAAAGUUUUUAGAGAGCCCUUCGUCUCAAAUUCCAAAUUGUUUUCAGCAAAUGAUGUAGAAAAUAUAUUUAGUCGAAUAGUAGACAUACAUGAACUUAGUGUAAAGUUACUGGGCCAUAUAGAAGAUACUGUUGAAAUGACAGAUGAAGGCAGUCCCCAUCCAUUAGUAGGAAGCUGCUUUGAAGACCUCGCAGAGGAGCUGGCAUUUGACCCCUAUGAAUCGUAUGCUCGCGAUAUCUUGCGACCUGGCUUUCAUGACCGAUUCCUUAGUCAGCUGUCAAAGCCGGGGGCAGCUCUUUAUUUGCAGUCAAUAGGCGAAGGUUUCAAAGAAGCUGUUCAAUAUGUUUUACCCAGGCUACUUUUAGCCCCAGUUUACCACUGCUUGCAUUACUUUGAACUUCUGAAGCAGUUAGAAGAAAAGAGUGAAGAUCAAGAAGACAAGGAAUGUUUGAAACAAGCAAUAACAGCUUUGCUUAAUGUUCAAAGUGGUAUGGAAAAAAUAUGUUCUAAAAGUCUUGCAAAGCGAAGAUUGAGUGAAUCUGCGUGUCGGUUUUAUAGUCAGCAAAUGAAGGGGAAACAACUAGCAAUCAAGAAAAUGAACGAGAUUCAGAAGAAUAUUGAUGGUUGGGAGGGAAAAGACAUUGGACAAUGUUGCAAUGAAUUUAUAAUGGAAGGAACUCUUACACGUGUAGGAGCCAAACAUGAGAGACACAUAUUUCUCUUUGAUGGCUUAAUGAUUUGCUGUAAAUCAAAUCACGGGCAGCCAAGACUUCCUGGUGCUAGCAACGCAGAAUAUCGUCUUAAAGAAAAGUUUUUUAUGCGAAAGGUACAGAUUAAUGAUAAAGAUGACACCAAUGAAUACAAGCAUGCUUUUGAAAUAAUUUUAAAAGAUGAAAAUAGUGUUAUAUUUUCUGCCAAGUCAGCUGAAGAGAAAAACAAUUGGAUGGCAGCAUUGAUAUCUUUACAGUACCGGAGUACACUGGAAAGGAUGCUUGAUGUAACAAUGCUCCAGGAAGAGAAGGAGGAGCAGAUGAGGCUGCCUAGUGCUGAUGUGUAUAGAUUUGCAGAGCCUGACUCUGAAGAGAAUAUUAUAUUUGAAGAGAACAUGCAGCCCAAAGCUGGAAUUCCAAUUAUCAAAGCAGGAACUGUUAUUAAACUUAUAGAGAGGCUUACAUACCAUAUGUAUGCAGAUCCCAAUUUUGUUCGGACCUUUCUCACAACAUACAGAUCGUUUUGCAAACCUCAAGAACUACUGAGUCUUAUAAUAGAAAGAUUUGAAAUUCCAGAGCCUGAGCCAACAGAGGCUGAUCGCAUGGCGAUCGAGAAUGGAGACCAACCCUUGAGUGCAGAACUGAAAAGGUUUAGAAAAGAAUAUAUACAGCCCGUACAACUGCGAGUAUUAAAUGUGUGUCGGCACUGGGUUGAGCACCACUUUUAUGAUUUUGAAAGAGAUGCAGAUCUUUUGCAACGAAUGGAGGAAUUUAUUGGAACAGUAAGAGGUAAAGCAAUGAAAAAAUGGGUUGAAUCAAUUACUAAGAUUAUUCAAAGGAAAAAAAUUGCAAGAGACAAUGGACCAGGUCAUAAUCUCACAUUUCAGAGUUCACCUCCCGCUGUCGAGUGGCAUAUAAGCAGACCUGGACACAUAGAGACUUUUGACUUGCUCACUUUACACCCAAUAGAAAUUGCUCGACAACUCACUUUACUUGAAUCAGACUUAUACCGAGCUGUGCAGCCAUCAGAAUUAGUUGGGAGUGUGUGGACAAAAGAAGACAAAGAAAUUAAUUCUCCUAAUCUGCUGAAAAUGAUCCGACACACCACUAAUCUCACUCUGUGGUUUGAAAAAUGUAUCGUAGAAACUGAAAAUUUAGAAGAAAGAGUAGCUGUGGUGAGUCGAAUAAUUGAGAUUCUACAAGUCUUUCAAGAGCUGAACAACUUUAAUGGUGUCCUUGAAGUUGUCAGUGCUAUGAAUUCAUCUCCUGUUUACAGACUAGACCACACAUUUGAGCAAAUACCAAGUCGACAAAAGAAAAUUUUAGAAGAAGCUCAUGAAUUGAGUGAAGAUCAUUAUAAGAAAUAUUUGGCAAAACUCAGGUCUAUUAAUCCACCAUGUGUGCCUUUCUUUGGUAUUUAUCUCACUAAUAUAUUGAAAACAGAAGAAGGCAACCCUGAGGUACUAAAAAGACACGGAAAAGAGCUUAUAAACUUUAGCAAAAGGAGGAAGGUAGCAGAAAUAACAGGAGAGAUCCAGCAGUACCAAAACCAGCCUUAUUGUUUACGAGUAGAAUCAGAUAUCAAAAGGUUCUUUGAAAACUUGAAUCCAAUGGGAAAUAGCAUGGAAAAAGAAUUUACAGAUUAUCUUUUCAACAAAUCCCUAGAAAUAGAACCACGAAAUCCUAAGCCUCUCCCAAGAUUUCCAAAAAAAUAUAGCUAUCCCCUAAAAUCUCCUGGUGUUCGUCCAUCAAACCCAAGACCAGGUACCAUGAGGCAUCCCACACCUCUGCAGCAGGAGCCAAGGAAAAUAAGCUAUAGUAGGAUCCCUGAAAGUGAAACAGAAAGUACCGCAUCUGCACCAAAUUCUCCAAGAACACCGCUAACACCUCCUCCUGCUUCUGGUGCUUCCAGUACCACUGAUGUUUGCAGCGUGUUUGAUUCUGAUCAUUCAAGCCCUUUUCAUUCAAGCAGCGAUACCGUCUUUAUCCAGGUUACACUGCCCCAUGGCCCAAGAUCUGCUUCAGUAUCAUCUAUAAGUUUAACCAAGGGCACUGAUGAAAUGCCCAUCCCCCCUCCUGUUCCUCCACGAAGACGACCAGAAUCUGCCCCAGCGGAAUCUUCGCCAUCUAAGAUUAUGUCUAAACACCUGGACAGCCCCCCAGCCAUUCCUCCUAGGCAACCCACAUCAAAAGCCUAUUCACCACGUUAUUCAAUAUCAGACCGGACCUCUGUAUCAGACCCUCCUGAAAGCCCUCCCUUAUUACCACCCCGAGAACCUGUGAGGACACCUGAUGUUUUUUCAAGCUCACCACUACAUCUCCAACCUCCCCCUUUGGGCAAAAAGAGUGACCAUGGCAAUGCCUUCUUUCCAAACAGUCCUUCUCCCUUUACCCCACCACCUCCUCAAACCCCUUCUCCUCAUGGCACAAGAAGGCAUCUGCCAUCACCACCAUUAACACAAGAAGUGGACCUCCAUUCCAAUGCUGGGCCGCCUGUUCCUCCACGACAAAGCACUUCUCAACAUAUCCCUAAGCUCCCUCCAAAAACUUACAAAAGGGAGCAUACACACCCAUCCAUGCACAGAGAUGGACCACCACUGUUGGAGAAUGCCCAUUCUUCCUGAGUUCCUCUGUACUGGGAUGUAAGUUUCCUAGCCCCAAAUCCAUUGCUGGCAAUGGAUGCACUGAACAUGCCAGCACUGAGGAGUUAAAAUGAGAACUCCAAACACUAACGACUCUACUUCAAAAUGCAGUAUAAGACAAUGAAUUUUAAUGCAGAUGUAAUUAUGAAGUGAAAUGGUAUUACAGUUCAGAAUAUGUAAAGACUGAUCUAGAGGAAUUGGACAACUGAAUGCACCUGAAAAUUAAGUGAAGGGACUUUUUCUGGCCAAUAGGCAAGAGUCCUUAUUUUAUGAAGUGAUCUUUAUCAUCAAAGGGAUGGAAAACACAGUCUAGUGUCCAGCAGGCCCACAUGAUGACAGUUUUUAUAAUUCAAAAUAUUAUGCACUUUUAAAAAAAAUCUUAAACAGGGAUCUUAACUAUCCUCCUUUGUUUUUCUUUGCUUUACUCUUCUACUUAGAAUAUUUUCAUAAAAUCAUUCAAAAGACUGUGAGGAAAGGCUGUGGUACCUGACCUUGUUGAAAUCAAGGGCCAGCACUGUACUACAGUCCUGUUUACAGAUUAUUACAGUGAAUUGAAUGGGUACCGAGGCUUCACCAAAGAGGUACUUUUUUGUUAUUGUUGUUUUAAAAAUAAUUAUACUAGUUUUAAGAACAUUCCCCAUCUACCCCCCCUCCCCCCGCCACACACACAAAACGAGGUGGUGUUGCCUUCAAACAAGAGAUGUUUUGUGUCACUGACACAAUGGAAGAACUUUUUUAAAAAUGUAACUGUUAAUCUAUGCUACAUUUAGGAGACUGUUAAUCUAUGCUAGAUUAUCAUUUUACUCCCUUCCUCCUACAAAGGUUUACUGGUAAUACAUGUCCUGGCUCGUAGCUGUCCCUCUAACCAUACUAUGGAAAUGCAGGCACCCAAUGUGAAAAGGAGCACUUGCUGGGCAUCACUGACACCAUUCAUGUUUUACUAGUAGUCAAGUAGUCAGCAUAUCUAGAAUUACCUUGCAUUGCCUAAAUCAUGUGUAUAUAGUGAAUGUUAUAUAAUAUACCUGGCAGGUCUGUUUUAAUUUAAUUGAAUAAAGAUACAAAUAACUUUGUUUGGCUGGCAUAUAUUAAAUUAUUACAUGGAGAAAAUGGUUGAUUCUUAUUUCUUUCAGUUGAAAAACACAGACACACACACAUAGCACUAAGCAUAAAAGCACGUAUUGUGGUACGUCUUGGUUUGUAGUUCUGGAUAUAUGUUUUAAUCUGAAAGAAUGAUCUAAAGUUGCAGUUUGGCAUGUAGGAAAAUAUUUGUUUAGAAUAAGAUGGAUAUCUUUUAAGUAGAACUUUGUAGGUUUUUUUAAUUUCCUAAGCAACAUGUACAGUUUGUUAAGGUUUAUAUUGAACGCAUGUUCAGUAUAACAUCCUUGCUUGAGGUCUUCUGCUCUAUCAGAACUAUUCAUUAUAUAACAUCUACCUGCAUCAUUAAAAUCAUAACACAGAUUCUUCAUUACGUCUAUGUACUGCUCUUCUGAAUCUAACAAAUACUGUGACUGAAAUGCAUGCAAUUUGUUGAAGAGGAAAAGGUUUUAUUAACCUCCACUAUAAUGUCUGUGAAAUGUACAGUAUUCCAUCCUUAGAGAUUCAUCAGUAUCUGCAUGUGUCUUCUGAACAAUGAAGCAACAUUUCAGCAAUUCUGUUAACCAUGCAGUUAGAGACAUUUUCAGAAGUACCACAUCAUGAUGGAAACCUAAGACUUUAUUUCCUGAGAUAUUUAUUAGAGCAUUAAAUGUACAUCAUGAUAGUACAGUGUAUAGUCCUUUAAGACCUGAAAGUAUGUUAAUCACAUCACCAUCAAGCAAUCCAUCGUAUCAAAUCCUUUCUUAUUUAUUUGUUAGAGUUGUAUCUUUUUUGUUUAAUAUCUAUUCCAUUCAUAUUAUGGUAGCCAUUUUUUCUUUGUAAAAUAUCUUCUCUUUUUAAAGUGUCCUAAAAAGUUAAUUUCAAAUCCCCUCUUGGAUGCAAAGUAUCCAUAAGACCAUUCAAUGAAUAUUAUAUAAGUCUACUUACUAGUGCUGCUACAAUUAAUUGUGAUACACAUUCCAGAAUCUCCCAUAACAUUGUAUUGGGCCAGCCUAACUGUCCCUAGGAUUUUCCCUUUUUAUGGCUUUUAUUGAUCGCUUUUGGUUAUCCCAUCCCUACUCCAAAUAAGAACAUAAGAAAAGUCACAUUGGAGUCACAUUCAGUAUCUCUCUGGCUAGUGUGUUAGCCUUCAAUAAGGUGAUGACCCCUUUUCAUCCCAUCUGAUCCCACAAAGAGCAAAAACUCAGAUCUGGAGUUCUAAUCAUCUUUCUCCCAGAGGGAACCAUUCUCCCACCCUGUGGUUCUAGGAGACCACUUCACUGUGCAACUGUUUUAUAUGCAUUGUGGAAAGAGGAUAUUUUUAUUCUGAAGUGUAACAUUUGGGUAAAAAUAUUUUCUCUAGUGGUAAUUGAUUAGAAAAAUUCCAAUUGAAUGCCCUUAGGUAGAGGUGAGAAAACUGUAACCUUCUUAUGUGAACCAUUAUCUAGCUGACAAAUUUAUUCUUAGUAGUAACAAAAUGUAUUUAGGGACAAGAAGUGGCAGAAGAAGAUAAAUGCAUCACUACAAAAUUCUGCUUUUGAAUCCAGCACAUUACAAGGUAAUCAGUGCAGCAUGACUAUUAACCACAUUCCAAAAUGUGGAACAUUCUUUUAAAAAUGGAAAUAUUCCUCAAGGUUUCAUUUAUCUUUGGAUCACAAAAUGAAGGGAAUAUUUCAGGGCUGAAUUUAUUUAAUGGGCUUAUAAUCCAUUAAAUAUAAUAGAAAGGGAAGCUUUUCACAUCUAACUAAGCACUUUUAAAAAAACAUGACAGGUAAGAAGUGUAUGUUUCUAAAUGUACUGAAAAAUAGAUUUACUUUUCCUAGUCCUCCAAAUGUAUCUAAAGACUAUAAGUGAUCAUGAAAUACACAAACAUUGAAAGUCUGCUUAAUUUUAAAAGUUUGCUUAACUAAAGAUUGUUGGGCAUCAAAUCAUGUAUUUAGUAGGCUACUAUUCUCUAACUCAAGGAUGUUUUAAAGGAUCAGAGUUGAGCAGAGUGUACCACUACAACACGUAUAAUCAACAAAAGUCUAGAAAACAUGUACUGUUUCAGUUGGAGGCUAAAGUAUGGUUCUAAAAUCUUAUUUUUUCAUAAAUCGAAAUUACUUUAUGCAAACCAAUAAUUAGUUGGUAUUUGUGAUCAUGAUCUUUUUGUAAUUUUCAAGUUUAGCUCAUUUCAGUCUUUUAUUUCAUUCUUUGUCCUUUAAAUUCAGAUUGUUUAGUGGCUCAGCAAAACAAAUGGGAAAGACUUGUCCAAACUUAUGUGUUAUACAUAUUGAGGAAAAGCUUUUUUUCUUCGGAUUCAGAAACAAUGUAGCCAUUUAUUUCUUGGUAUUCUGCUGCUGUGGAUAGGUUUACCUAUUAUUUUGACCUAUAUUGUGUGACUGUUGUACAAGUGUAGGUCCUGUUGUAUUGCACAUUUGUCUUUACCAGUAAAUGCACAUCACAAGGUUAAUGUUAGUUUGGCUGAAAGAAUUAUGCAGUAAAAUCAUUUAUACGGGAAAGUGAUGACUUUAUUCAAUAUUUUCUCUUUUGAAACAUCUCAUUACUAACUUUUAAAAUAAUUUCAUAAUCCCUUUUACAUGAGCCAAUGAAAUAUUCUGAGUUCUAGUUAAGAAAAAAAGCAUGAAGUCUAUAUGAUAAAUCUAAACAAAAGCACUUAUAAUUCUUUUAUAUAUUUCAUGCCUUAUUUUCCAUUUUUGACACCAUAAAGUGCAUUUUCUGUGAACUGUGAGCAAAUUUCCCUUUUGCCUUUAAUGAAAAUAGUGCAUUAAGUAGCCAAUUGCUGCAAAAUUAUAAAGCAAGAUAGCUAAAGGUGGGUCACAUUGGACUACUACUCAAAGAAUCAAGAUGCAUAAAAGAUGGAAGUUACAUGCAAUGUGGCUUAGAGCGCACUUGUGCCAGAUGCAUGCCACUUUCAGUAGCUGCCAAAUGUGCCUUUAAUUAAGAACAUCUCUAAUUUUUGUCUUCAGAUCAAGUCAGCAUUUGGGGGUGGGAUUAGGGCAGGGGACUUUGGGGUGCAAAUAUCUGGUGAAAUCACCAGAGAAUUUGUUUGUCAAAGUGACAUGUAUAAUUUUAGUUGAGAUGUGUCUGUGUAUAUAUGUGUAUUUGCCUUUGUUUAGUAGCACAGUUAUUUGCUAAAAUAAUUGUCAAAAAAUCCUGUCAGUCUUACUUUGAUGUAAGAACAAAGUGUGGUCUAUACAUCUAAUAUGGCCUUUGUACUAAACCAUGUUCGUAGGUAAUCUUUGUACUCUGUGUGCAGCAGUAUUUGGUUUGCGUUUAAAGUGAAAACAAUGGCUGUUAUUUUUCUGGCAUUACUAAGAUAAACCGAAACAUAAUAAAGAAAAAUGCCUUACAUAGCCCACAAGUGUAUUAUUUUGCAUGUGUUUUAGAAUGCAGCAUUUUGAAAGUCAUUAGUGGUUGACAUUUAGCUUAUACUUCCCAUAUAAAAAUAUUUUGCAUUUUAUCAUGGUCUUACUUUGGGGGCUGUUUUUCCUGUAACUAGAAAAGGAUAAAAGAAGUUCCAUGUUUCUUUCUGUGUCAAAUCCUGUGACUGUUGUGAGUGGGAGGCUGCUGGGAUUGAAAUUAGUAAAGUGACCGUGAGAGUAUCUGGAUGAGGUUUUAGAGAGCAGUUAUAUUAUUAAAAGAAGUUUUAGGAUACCAAAACUCCCUGACAGGAAGCUUUUGCUGAGACCUGCAGGAAUGAGGCAGCUUGACUUCAAAAUUCUUUCUAGACUUGGUAUGAAAAGAGCUUAAGGUUGUAACUAAAGAUAUAUGCACAUAGGUCAUUCAAGGUGGACUGGAAUGUGAAAAUUGAAUCCUUAAGAGAUUCAAUUCCACUUAUUUAAAAAUAGAGGCAAGUGAGACCUGGAGUACUGACAUGAUUUGGCUAACAUCUUAUAGUAGUAGUGAUUGAGACCACUGACUCAGUGUUGGUCCCUGGCAUUUGAAAGACUGCUUUCAGGAAUGCCUAAAAUGAAUUGGUAGGGUUUUUUUUCCCUA